UAACGAAAGCAGAGACGGCCAGAUUUUUCAAGCCUUUGACGUUAAUUUGAUAAGAAUUGUACGUUAACUCGGACCAAUCAACAAUCCAGCAAGACAGAUCUUCAAUGGUUUCCAAGGAUGGCAAUACCUGCAAAAAUCAAAACAGCAUUUUAUUCAACGUUAUUAUGCUACUCGGUUUCGUGGCAAGUUAUCCCAUCGAUAACACAGGCCAACCUGCGCUGGCCGUAACGUACCCAACGCCCUUGUUGGUCAAUCUCACCGCGGCUAGUAACGCAACAAUCAUUCCGUCUGCUCCAAUCUCGUGCAAUUUAACGGAUCCCACCUACCAAGAAUAUGGAAUCUGCUGGGACUUGUCCAGCCAGCAAUUGCAAAUUAGUCCUAGUUUGUCAAUCGACAACUUUGUCAAAUUCUACAAGUUUAAUGUCUACAAUCCCUUCGUAAAAACGCCCGUUUACACGAAACAAGUUUGCGAUCUGAGUCAGCCUUUUCAGAGCAUCGGCAUUUUGUGUCCGUCUAAUCCACAGGAUUGCGUCAAUGCUUUAACUAACACGAUGACGUGCGAUUUCAACGGCCAAUGCAUUUGUGUGGUGGGUGAACGAUAUCGAACGAUUGCCGAUAGUAUCACACCUGCCAAUCAACCUGUUCAACCUACCUACCCGACCAAAUUAAAACCGAAUGCAAAUGUUCGUAAUCAAAUAGCUGGCGAUUCAGAAAACAAUAACAUUCCCACCAGAAAACCUUAUGUCUUUCAACGAGCGAAUCGGCCAGGAUGGUCGGCUCGAUUAACUCAAAAGAUAAGAAAUCUUUUGGCAGAGAGGUUGGAUUCUAGCCGCCUGUUUAAUUGGUGGACGGAAUGA